UGAUCCUCAAACGAGAAGGACGAAGGAGAAGCAACACCUCGAGCUGGCACGGCCCUGAGGCUCUGAAGAAGAUAUACUCCCGCCAUGUCUGGUCGAAAGCUGGGAGGCGGGAGGGUCCUGGGUAGUGGGAAGGGUUUGGCGCCUCCCGCCCUUCCGGCACAUCAACGAACGUCGAGCCUGGUCUCCCCGGCUGAGAGUUUGGUUUCGGGGGAUUCGAGGGAUUCUACGGUUUCCCCUUUGGCUACAUCGCCGUUACCUGAGGUGAACCAGGACUUGAGUUCAGUAGUGUCUUUGCAGAAUGGAGGACCAUCAGCAGUCGCUGCGGCGAGCACGAAGCUGUUGUGUCCGAUCUGCAACGAGGAAAUGAUGACUUUAUUGCAACUAAACAGACAUCUCGAUGACAACCACCAAGAAUUACCAGAAGUACAGCAAGACGAAGUAAAGAAUUGGUUCGACAAACAAGUCCUCAAAGCAAAGAAGUUCCAACCACUGGCGGUCAUUAACCAAAAACUGAAAGGACUAGAUGUAUUUGAAUCAAAUGAGGUGGUGGCCCCUUCACCUGUACCAAGCGUUAUUCCAGGCAACCGAAUAUCAACACCCGAACCACACAGACCUGACCCAGAUGAGGUUGUUACGAGGUCGCAUUGGCAAAGGUCAGGAUACAAUGACCUAUGUACAGAGCCAGCAUGCGGGAAGAGACUGGGCCCGGUGAAUGGGAGUGUGAACUGCAGGAAGUGCGGGCGUCUGUUCUGUGAGGAUCAUACGAUGUACCAGAUGAAGCUCUCGAGGUCCGCCCAGCAUGAGCCAGUAAGAGGAUUCUGGUGUCGAGUCUGCGAGACUUGCUUCAAGUCAAGAGAGGGAUAUAAUGAGCACGGAUUUGCACGGGACCAUACGAGCGACUUUCUGGCCUUGAGGAGGAAGACGGUGGACAAGCAAUAUUUGGAAGUUUCGAGGCUGGAGAAACGGCUUACGAAACUCACGCAAUUAUUGGCAAGUCCGCCAGACGAUAUGUCGGCCUCGAAUGGAGGAAUCCUGUCACUAGCAGGGCAAAAGAAUCAACGAAAGCUGUUGGAACAGUCAGUCGUCACCUGGGAAGAGGGUGCCAAAGUCCUCAAAUGCCCCUUCUGCCACCAAGAAUUCGGCUCCUGGUCCUUCAGGCGGCACCACUGCCGUCUUUGCGGACGCGUAGUCUGCGCCGACCCACGCACAAACUGCUCCUCAGAAGUAGGCCUUAACGUUGCCCCUACAUCUACAAAAGAGAAAUCUCCCUCCUCGCCCCCAGAACUCACCCUCGACGUCCGCAUGUGCCGCGACUGCCGCACCACAAUAUUCUCCAAGAAAGAUUUCGCCUCUGCCCUCUCCCAUAAACCACCCGACCAAAGAGCGUACGAGAAUCUCUUGCAAUUCGAAAAGGGGAUUCGCCUUCUACUCCCGAAUUUCCAGCGCCUGAUCAUCGCACUCCAAGACCCUGAUAAACCCCCCUCACACAACCAACUCGCCGAAGCGAGUAAAGUGCGGAAACGGCUGAUAGAUAGCUUUGGGAAAUAUGAUCUUGCAGCGAAACGGAUUCGGGACCUUCCCACAACAAGUACGACGCAGCAAAGGCUACAAAAAGCAAUUUAUCAACAAUCUGCAAAUUUCCUGAACCUGCACAUGCUCCCCCUAAAAUCCCUCCCGAAAAUCCUAAAACACGCAUCACCGCACGGGCAUUCUCUUUCCUCAUCUUCCACUAACGGCAACGGCAACGGUCGUGUAGGCGCCUUGGCAGCGAUAAAAUUCAACGACAUGGACUCCGCUAGCCAGGUGUCAAGCACCCACUCGAGUCAGAUCUCGCAAAUGGAAGCAGAGGAGAAGGAAUUGCGGGAGAGGUUGAUCGUACUUGAGGAGCAGAAGUUUCUUGUGGGAGAGAUGAUUGAGGGUGCUAAGAAGGGGAGGAAGUGGGAUGAGGUUAAGGUUCUGGCUGAGAGUAAGGGCGAGUUGGAGAGGGAGAUUGAUGGGUUGAGGGGGAUGUUGGGGCAGCUGGAUUGGAGGGGGGUUUAUGCUGGGAAUAGUAAUGGGAGUGGGGAUGGAAAGGGAGGGGGUUGGAGCUUGUUGGUUGGGAAGAGGAAAAAGUGAUAUAGGGGAUGGGGCAUUUGGGGUAUAUGUUUAUAGGGAGGCGACAGAUGCAUGCAUUGCGAGGCGUUCGGAUAGCGGGUACAUCGGGGGGUGUUUGGAGCGCUUCAAUUUGAGUAUCUUAUCUUGCUGUCGUAUAUUCAGUCUAUAUGAGAAGAAGUUCAGACUUCUAUAUGAGCAGUGGACUAUCUUCAUCCGAGGCGAAGUGUGGAGUCCUGCUUGAGACGUGCUUGUACAGAAGAAUUGCCUAUCACCCGCAAUUUCUCAGAAAGCCUGAAACAUCAAAACAAUACGUAAC